UGAUGGAAUUAAGAAGAUCCAAUAGAAUCAAAGCCCGCACCGAUGCGGUGGGCCCUCGUCUACUGACUGCUGGGAGAAAACGAGGCUACCACAUCGAGAGUCAAGAAGAAAAAGACCAGAGAGUUUACGAAGAAAUGAAGAGUUACAAAUUCCGAGCCCGUCCACCGCCUGAAUCUGCUUAUCAAGGUUCCUCCUCAACAGGAGUACCAAAGAAGAAAUCCAGGAAAGUUACCAAAGCGAAAACUCCGAUGGCACUUAAAAGGAAGGCGGUCUCAAGGACAGGAGUUAUGAAAGCCAAGAACAAGGGCACAAACAAUGCCAUGAAGCGAUUGAAAGCAUUACCUUUGCCGGAUCUGAAAAAAGUUUUCGAAGUGGCAAGAGCAGAGCUGAAAGUGACAAAACCUCAGCCGUUUUCUUUCGAAUCCAAGUACCCAAAGCCAGCUGAGGUUAAAGAAAAACUCAUCAAAGAAUCUGCCGAGCAGGAGAAGAAACUAAGAGAGUUCAAAGCCAAGCCUCUUUAUGAGACUAAAGGUUUUAAGAUUGACCAUAACUUAUCAAAAACCUGCACAAAAAUUGAACCAUUCAAUAUAUCCAAACCAGAUGCGUACCAAGAAAAAUUAAUGAAACUGGACCAAACCAUUGAGAAAGAGAACAUGGAACUUCAGAAGAAACGAGAGUUCAAAGCCAAGUAUCCUCACGUCAUAUUCGAAGAACCUUUCAUCCCAGAGAAAGACUCGAGGUAUUGUAAGAUCGAGGAGUUUAAUCUGCACAGUGACAAGAGAGGCGAGGAAAGGAGAAAGUUCGACGAGGAACUGGAGGAACAGAGGUUGAUGUUGGAGAAGGAGAAGGCCCACGAAGCUAUAGAACGAGAGACGUUGAACAAAAAGGAAAUAGCCGAACUUCGUAAGAAAAUGGUACACAGAGCAAACAACGUAGGAGAGUACAGCAAGCAGGCGUAUGAUGAUAUCUCGUGAGCUUGAGAACCAAUUAUCCCUGAAAUUCGCUUUGUUUGAUUAGAUUACUGAGUAAUAGUCUGCAGUAGUGGGCGCUUGUUAGGGUUUGUAAAUAACUAAACGUGGUCUUCUCUAUGGGACUUGAAUUUUAUGAAAAAUCGCUACAGAAGUUGGCGUAUAUUUGAACUUUGUUUGUUUUCGAAGUCGAGCAAGUUCUUACUGUAUUCAGCUAGGCUUUUUGUUUGUACUUGUACCGUACUCUUAUAUGGCCCGUUUUUGAGUUUUGAUAAAUGAUUUCCGAGAUCAUCGAGCAAGAAAAUUGUAUUAUUUUUUAAUUAUUUCAAGUGGUGAUAUUACUUAACUUAAUAUUUUUAUUAAAUUAAUCUUCUUCAAAGUAAAAUUUUUUUUCUUCAAAGUUGACAAUUUUAAAUAGCAAUUUUAAAGAAUAAAUGAGCUGUUUAUUUAUUGUUUAUUCCAGUUAUUCAAAAUAAAUUACGAUACCGAAAUUGUCUGACUACAAUAACUAUUUUUAAUUACAGUACAAUUAUUAUAGCAUUUGACCUUCUGGUUUUCAUUGCACAUCGAUUAAAUGUGAUUCUGUCCCUAAAAAUAGACUUAAAAAUUGAAGGCUGAUCGAAUCGUAGAUUAUUUAAAUCACUCUUUUC